AUGUUAAUAAAGAAGAGAUCUAUCAACGAUGUAGAACCAGAUUCAAAGAAAGCAAAUAAAAAGCUAUCGGUCAAAGAUGAUCCUUUACAGGAAGAUGAAGAGAUAAAAAUGACAUUUGAACAAUGGAAAGAGGAGUUAUAUGAUCAUAAUAAAUCUUCUUCAAUGUAUGUUACUUUGAUAUCAAAUCGUUAUUAUAGAGAUAGAUAUUUAAUCAAACUAUUAUUAAUAUGUAUUAAAUCUAUAAGUAAUCAAUUGUCAAGAGCAGAAUAUCAAGAGCAAACCAAAACAUUCUUGGUGAUAAAUAGAAAAGGUAGAUACUACGAGAGUAUGGGACAUACUGUUGGAGGUAAACUCUAUCUUCAUAUUGAGGAGGCUAUGUACUUAGCAUCAAUAGGUGCAAUGGAGAUAUACUAUAAAGAUGCACCUCUCGUACUACAAGAGUGUUACAAGUUAUUCGAAACUGAUUAUUGUAACUUCCCAUUCUCAAACUAUCAAGUUUACUCGUUUCUAAAGAAACAAGGUUAUCAUCUAUUAAGAUAUAUCAAUGCAUCUUCGAACACCAACUACAACAACAGCAGCAAUAGUAGUAAAUCAAAUAAGUUUAUAUUUACAGAGAAUGAAAGAAAUAGAAUAUUAAAAUCAUUACCUAAAUCAGUAUUAACAACAACUACAACAACUACAACAACAAGUUUAACAAAUAAUAAUAGUUAUAAACAAGCUAAUAUUAAAUUUUCAAGAAAUUGGUGGAAUGAAAUGAAUGAUGUUAGUGAAUGUUCUGUAAAUAACGAGAAACAAAUGGUCUACGUUGAGAAUAAGGAAAAUGAAUGUAAACAAACCAGUGUAGACUAUCAUAUUGCGAUGCAAUUAGAAUAUCAAGAUAAUCAGCACAACAAUAGAAACAAUAAGAUAGCUAAUCGAUACAACAAGAAUAAAGAUAAUAAUUUUAUAAUAUUAGAAUCAAAGUUUAAUAAUAAUAAUAGUAGUAAUAUGAAUAGCAAUAGUAGUAAUCCUAGAUUUAAAAUGAAAUCAUUAGUAAAUAUUGCAGGUCAAUUAAAUAAUAAUCAAACAUUAAAUUCAAUCAAUCGAAGACUACGUAUAUUUUCACCAUUAUCUAUGGAUAAAGUUAAUAAUAUCAAUAAUAAUAACAAAAAUAAUAAUAAUAGUAAUCAACAACAAUGUUUAACGAUCGACUACAAUGUAUAUAAACCUGGUUCAUUUAAAAAGACAUCACCUGGUAAACCUGACUUUAGAAUCAUUAUUAAAACAUUCAAAGAGAAGGUUCCUGAUUUUAAAGAUAUUCAAAGAUUACUAAGUUUGAACGACGAUCAAGUUCCACUAAGAUUCUGUGUGGUUGCAAUGAAUGAUAUUUCAUUCUUCUCACUUGAAAUAAAAGAUAUUCUUACUUUGGAAUAUUUGCUUAAAACCGAUUAA